AUGGAGAAGAGGUCUCCCACAACCUACUUCGCCGUUGUGAUAGAACAUGCUGAGUUCAAUGACAGCGGGAAUUAUACCUGGCGAAUAGAUAUCGAUAAUGCGGGGGAUCAGUUCAGCGGAAAUAUUGAAACUAUCGUUGGAGUAUCAGAUACAACUGAUGAAACAGAUACAAAGGACGAAGAGCCUGAUCCUGGAAAAACCGCAGGAAUCGUGAUUGGGCUACUCUUAGGCCUUCUUGUUGUUGUAAUGUUGAUAAGUUUUGUCCUGUAUAAGAGACUGUACAAAAAGGAGUCCUUACUAUCUGCCAGAAGUCUAUUUCGUCAAAGAAAACAGAAAGCAACUAAUACCCACGUGUACGAAAUGCCUGUCUCAGAUUUAGAUGCACAACCCUACACAGAAGUAUCGGCGGGUGAUCACAUCCGUGAACUCACAGCCAACGACAUUCGGCUCCUGGAAACCAUCGGGCAUGGUCACUUUGGCGAAGUCUAUAAGGCGAUUCUGAAGAACGCCAAAACCACCAAUACUGAGAAAAUUGUGGCAGUAAAACUGUUAAAAGAACAAUAUUCGGAAGUGGACAAAAAAGAGUUUUUCAGAGAAAUAGAAACCAUACAGUUAGUACCAACGCACGAAAAUGUGGUUGCUAUGUUGGGGUACUGUAAAACAGCAAGUCGAGCGUUCCUUGUGUUAGAGUUCCUUGGCAAUGGUAACCUUAAGACAUAUCUCCGUAAAAGCCGCAGUAACAGCAUCUAUGGAAAUCUGCAUGGCGGAAGUGGCAAACUGACGUCACAGAAUCUAUUGACUUUUGCUCUAGAUUCUGCUAGAGGAAUGGCUCACAUAUCUAGAUAUAAGUUCCUGCACCGAGACCUGGCCGCCAGGAACAUACUGGUCAGUGACGACAUGGUGUGUAAGGUGUCCGACUUUGGUCUGGCUCGUGACGUCAUUGACAGCAGGGAGUAUCUCAGCAAGAUGGAGACCCCUCUCCCUAUCCGCUGGAUGGCACCAGAAUCCAUCUCUGACAGCGUGUAUACCACCAAGAGUGAUGUAUGGUCGUUUGGCGUUCUUCUCUGGGAGAUUGUCACUUUAGGAGCUACCCCCUACCCUGGUAUAACGUCUGGACGAGAACUAAUACGUGAGAUCAGGUCAGGAUACAGAAUGGAGAAACCUCAACACUGUACACAGGAACUGUACAAUAUGAUGAUGAUGUGUUGGGAGGAGGAACCGACAAAACGCCCGACGUUCGACAAUCUUAUCACCAGUCUUAGAGGCAUGGCUAAUGAAGAGAUGAAACUUCACGUGGACGUAGACAGAGCUGCUGAGGCCAUAUACUGUGAUAUUGACAGCCAGCUGGUCGGAGAGAUAGUUUAAUGUGGAAAUAC